UAGCUGGAUGCACGUUGUCCUUGUUUUCUAUAUUCGUUUGACCUCAGGCGAGAUCUGAAGAAAGAGAAACAAAAAUAUAAUCCUCCUGAAACAAGUACUUCUCACAUACCUGUUCGCAUGAAUAACUGACGAUAUGAAGCCGUCCGUUCAGAAGCUCGGCCAGGGAUUCGCUGUAUUGAGCACCUCUGAGGUCGAAGCGCUUCACGUUGGCAUAGAGCGAUACUUGUCGAAGAGCGGCGUCCCUCCAAAGCCGUCGAGUGGUGGCCUAUUCGCGCACGAUAUAAUGAGUUACGACCAGUACUUUUGUAACUAUAUCUUGGUAUAGUGUCCGUUGGAUGUAGUACGAGGUUCAGGUACCAGGAACAUUACAAGACUUCUGCCUCUAAGCUCUAACUGAGCGAGAUCUUCCAGCGAUCGCACAUGACAGAGGUCCGACAAGGGUAUUUGCGAAUGGAGCUGCCAAACGGCUUUCCCUCUGCCUGUGACAACGGCCUCGGCGUAGUCCACGGAGGUUGCGUUGCGACCAUUUUCGAUGUACUGACCAGUUUUGCUAUCUACACAGCCAUGAUGAACAACCCGGUCAUGUCCGUCUCUGUUGCGUUGAACUUGAGGCAAGAAUUUAAAAUAAUCUGACGCUGUGAUACAUAUGUUGUUUGUUCAUCUUGACCGGGAGCUAAGUCUACUAGGAUGACAUAAAUUCAGGGUCUAUAGGAUCUGCAAUCUGAAAAUGGAAAAUGAAAAAGCACAACAAGAUGAAAGGAUGAUUGUCGAGUGACGACAGGAGUAGAAGCUGUGUCAGCAACUUCCUUGACCUCUAAGACGUUGCAGUUAUCCCCGCGGACUCCUCUUAGGCCUUCCGGCGGUCAUGGAAGCCUGGACUGAAAAAGCGCAUGGGAAUGUCUUUUUUUCCAAGGCUCGCGCUGUUGUGAAUGAGGAGGUCUGCUGUACGUGCGAGCACAUCAAAGGAGUUCUACGGAAGAUGCCGAACAAGGAUAGACAAAGUCAACAGAGUUCACCACCUGCAGACGCAUCCGGAACUAAAACAACAAAUUCGGCGGCUUCCAAAAUAGCCGCUUCCUCCUUGAAGACAGCUCCUUUGCCAUGGAGCUCAUCCGCUGCAGGACUAAAUCGAGGUGAAGGUGUGCGACAAGCUUCCAGUUGUUCAUUAUUGGAAGGACAGGAGCAGAAAACAAUAAGUACAUCAAGAGCAGUGCGCCUUGAACGUCUUGACGCCGGCCUCGAAGAUCCUGGAAUUGCUGAGCACCGUAGCCCAAUUGCUAGAAGAAGCGCGGAGGUGAACAAACAAAGUAGGCUGUAAUCGAGAGGGCGCUGAUUUUCUUAUUUUCACCAAGUGGAGCCCCGAGCUCGAGCCUGUACCUCAAACUCGUGCUACCAACGGUUGCUCUCUAUUGUUUUUUUUCCGCUACUGGCGCAUGUUUGCGCUACUUAUUGCAAAUAUGGUGGAGUUGCAUUGUAUCCAUUUUCUUUCGAUGCAUUCAUUCUACGCACGUGCAUCCGACAUUCUCCGUGCUUUUCCUGCACUGGAUAUUUCUUGCUCAGUAUGGUUUCCUAUGCUCGCUGACGGCACUAUAUUAUAUAUAUAACAAAUUCUUUUGGGACUAAAAAGUUUUCGCGUGAACGUCGAUGAAGAAGCUCGAAUGAAUUAUGAGGUG